AUGGUGGUGGUGGUGGUGGUGGUGGUGGAUCUGGGGGAGUUCACGGAGGAGGGCUUCUACCCGAAACGAUGGAUCAAUGCCGCGCUGGAGGGCCGGCUCCCACAGGACCCGCUGGACCGCUUCAUGGGCGACGCCGAGGAGAGCCUCCGCUCCGCCGCCGACGGCAUCGCCGACGCCCUCCGCCGCGUCCCCCUCGCCUGCCACGACCUCCUCCGCCUCCGCGACGACGCCGUCGCCUCCGCCGUCGCAUCCAUCCUCAGCUCCCUCAGAGAGUCGAACCUCAAGCAGCUGCUGUCCACCCUCCCCGCCGCAACCGCGCCGUCCGGCUUCUACAACACCACAGUCGGCCAAAACGGCGGCGGCGAUGGCGAAGUCUACGGCCUCGCCUUAUGCCGCGGCGACGUCUCCUCCCCCGACUGCAACACUUGUUUGAAUUCCGCCGCGGAAUACGCCGUCGCGGAGUGCCCGCGCAGCGCGUCGAACACCGUGUGGAACGACACCUGCAUGCUGCGCUACUCCAACAGCAGCUUCUUCGGCGUCGUCGACUGGGCCCAGGACUUCGCGUGGAACCUGAACAACGUCACGGAUGUGAAGCUGUUCGACACCCGGCUCUUUUCGCUGAUGAAUAACUUGACCAGAGAAGCGGCCUACGGGUCGGGGCGGCCGCCGCUGUUCGCGACGGGGCAGGUCGAGUACAUCAACUUCACAAACAUAUACGGGCUGGUGCAGUGCACGAGGGAUCUGUCGCCGGCCGACUGCGACGGGUGCUUGACGAACUGCGUCAAGAGCAUCCCGAAUUGCUGCGAGAAUCGGAUCGGCGGCAGGGUUUUCGGAAAUAACUGCAACAUCCGGUUCGAGUCGGCUCCGUUUUAUAAUUCGUCGGCCAUCGGGAGCACUCCGGCGACGCCGCCACCGCCGCCUCCGCCGGCAGGGUCGGACCGAAGUGGAGGAAGGCAUGCAGCUGAAAAUACUACAAAAUAUUAA